AUGGCCCCCAAAGGUAAGGUGGUGUAAAUAUGUGACUUGGUCUUAGGUAGACUUGACCUCUGUGUAUCGGCUGAGGUCUCCAGCUGGUUUGGGACCAGUGAGAGGGGGAAGGGACUCCUCUGUGAGCCCAUGCCCACUUCAGGGGCUCUACUACUAAGAUUAGUUCUGAUCAGUUCUCUGAUAGAGAGCUACAGUUGGUGGAGAGAGGGAUAGACAACAAAAACAAAACAAGUUGCUGACAGAAUGGUGUUUAGCAAGCCUCUUUCUUCUAAUAUGCCUGUGAGGAGUGAUGACUCAGAGAUUUAAUCUGUUUUAGCCAUUGUGGUGAAUCAUUAUGGGCACAGCUGCUGGGUAUUUAGGGUCAAUGGUUGGGGUGUAGGAGGGAAUGGCUCUGUCUAUGAAACAUUCCUGGAUGUUAGAUGUAAUCAGAUAAUUACACUGGUGUUAGUGAGCUCACUGGAAGUUUCAGCUGUUGCCGAAACGACAUUUCAGCUUCACUGCAGAUCUGCUGUGCAUUUGAACUCUCUACUCUCUAAUGCAUUGUGUAAGUGUGUGUGUGUCGCUUCACCACUCUAUGAGCCCAUGUGUUGUGAACAGAACCAUAAAGACAGUACAUGUGUUUGUAUGCACUCACUAACUGUAAGUCGCUCUGGAUAAGAGCAUCUGCUAAAUGACUGUAAAUGUAAAAAAUGUAAAUGUUGCAUUAUCACCUGUUUGACCAAAGCAUGCCACAGCUGCAAAAUUAGAUUACCACCAAUCUGGAAUUGACAUCCAACAAAUGAUGACAGGCCAGUUAAAAACAAACACACAUUAAACAUCUAAGAUAGACUACUUCUCUUUCCAUGUAUCUCUGUACACAACUCUAUAUUAAGCACGGUUUGAAUUCCUCUGGCUCUUUUCCUUCCAGACAUCAGAUGAGCUCAACUGCUCUCCCUAAAUCGCUCACCCAGAUCAGUCUGAGCACUAGUCCCGACAUCCACACUUAUUCAUCUCUACGACUCAUCUAUCUCUCCCUCCCAUUCACUUAUUGUCUUCCACCACUUACUAAUGAAUGAAUGAAUGAAUGAAUGACUGAAUGAUCUAUACCCACUCCAUCCUCUCUUUGUCUCUUUGCAGUAAUGGACCUGAUCUACUGGCGGGAUGUGAGGAAGACAGGGCUGGUGUUCACAGGGCUGGUGAUAGGCCUGGCCAGCCUGUUCCAGCUCAGUUCCGUCACCAUGCUGUCCUACCUGUGUAUGGCCAUCAUGUGUCUCACCUUCCCCCUACGCCUCUACUACAAACUUCUAGAGCUGAUACGCAAGAACCCUGAAGGAGUGCACCCCUUUCAGUAAGCACAGUUUACAGCAGUUACCAUGCUGUAGUUUAGAGAAACAUAUCAUAUUGCUCCAACCUCUAUAUGUAAUCAUUGGAGUAUGAUAAACCAACAGCCAUAUGUGAAUGGCUCUGUGCAUCUGUUGGUAGAACAUGCUUCUUGAAACUAGGUAUUUGUUUGAUUAUGUAUUUGUGUGUGUGUGUGUGUGUGUGUGGGGGUGUGGGUGUGGGUGUGUGGGUGUGUGGUACCAGGUCUUAUAUAGGAGACGACAGCUCUCUGACAGAUGAGGAGACCGUGUUGGUGGUGGAGAAGGUGGUGCUAAUGAUUGCCUUCGCCGUCACAGAGAUCAAACGCCUGCUCUUCAUCGACAGCAUCAUGGACUCCAUCAAGGUCAGGGGCCACUGUCAAUGUCCCUCUGAAAACUCAGUGUAUUACUGUACUAUACUGUAAUGUGUGUGGGGAUUGGGGAGGAAGCUAGAAGUCAAAGUCACAUAAUCACCAGCACUUGAGUCAGACAACAUAACUGGUCCUCCUGAGGGCUUACAUCAGUAAUAUUAUACAAUACAUAAACAAAACAUAAUCAUUGCUUCAUAAGCUCACAUGCUAUCACUACUGAUACCAAACGAUGCCAAUCUAAAAAGCUGUUCCUCUGUUCUCAGUUUGUGGUGCUGCUGUAUGUGUUGACCUAUAUGGGCAUCACAACCAAUGGCCUGACCCUGGUGAUAGUUGGUGAGACCCUGCUGAUCCACGCAACACCUGCCUAUCGGACUGUCUUACACCACACUGUCUUACAGCACCACCCUCAUACGUCUGAUAAUUAUGCCCUAAUAAGCCACAUUACUCCACCUGUUUCAUUCAUACUCGAAACUCCCCCAACUGCUCUGAUCUGUCCAUAAAGCUAUCUGUAAAUAAUAAUGUGAACAUUUCCUUCUCCGUCUCUUUCGCAGGUGUCAUGUGUGUUUUCUCUCUUCCUCUAUUCUACAAACAAAUGCAGGUGAGGCAGCGAGCUCCUGCUGUUCAGACUCUAUUUGUUGUAGAGAUUAUUAUAAUGUAAUCCACAUAACAGCAGCAACCAAAGGACUGUGUCUAAUCUACACGUGUUUGGAUGACAGGGGCGAAUGAAGAGGAUUAGCAAAGUGGUCAGUGGCCUCCUGAGGAAAAUCAAAAAC